GUUCGACCCUUCAGGUGUUACUUCGGAUCCUACUCCUGGUGUUACUUCGGAUCCUACUCCUGGUGUUACUUCAGGUUCUACUCCUGGUGUUACUUCAGGUUCUACUCCUGGUGUUACUUCAGGUUCUACUCCUGGUGUUACUUCAGGUUCUACCUCGGGUUCUACUUCAGGUGUUACUUCAGGUUCUACCUCGGGUUCUACUCCUGGUGUUACUUCAGGUUCUACUCCUGGUGUUACUUCAGGUUCUACCUCGGGUUCUACUCCUGGUGUUACUUCAGGUUCUACCUCGGGUUCUACUCCUGGUGUUACUUCAGGUUCUACUCCUGGUGUUACUUCAGGUUCUACUCCUGGUGUUACUUCAGGUUCUACUCCUGGUGUUACUUCAGGUUCUACUCCUGGUGUUACUUCAGGUUCUACCUCGGGUUCUACUUCUGGUUCUACCUCGGGCUCAAAAUCGCAACCCUUUUGAAAAUAUAG